GCAUAGCACAUUCGAAGCACCUCAAAAACAUGGCUGUUCGACGUCAUGUAAGGACAUCACUAUCCGUGAGAAAGUUGGCAGUCGUGUACUUGCUUUUACUGGUAGAGCUGACGCUCUCCACUAGAGCCAGUACCACUAGCCGCAGCUCGCUUUUGGCUCCUCCUAUUUCUUUGAAACACGGGCUGAAUAAGUUUGUGUCCGCGCGCUGGCAAAAGGCUAACGAGCUCAGUGAGCUAGAACAACAAGUGGAAGACUACAAUGCCGAAUGGAUUGCGACCUCCAACGGACAGGCACAGUCGACUCGUCAUCGUCGCUUGAUCUGUUUACCUUUAUCGGAUAGGUUCGAUCCACCGAUGGGCUCGUUUUCUCAUAAACACGUACAGACGGGGGAUAAAAUGAGUCUCCCGGCAAACUUUUGGCAAGCCAUUCAGCUGAAUCACGCCGAAGUUCCCUGGUUGUUUUCCGUUAAGCGAAUUGACGGCGUUACUGGUGAACGGGUCGAGUUUUCGGACGAUGAUAUAAUUACUCCACAUAAACCCUUGGCGCAACUGGACAAAGUGGUGGGUGGACCUUUGGACUUUCGCGCACCAGCCUGUUACAUCUUUUUGCCGUGGUGGAUGAUGCGAGCACUUGGUGUCAAACCGCGAGACAUCGUGGAAGUGGAAUUGUUUGAGACAGUACCUGCCGGUUCUUUGGCCAAGCUUCGACCUCACUCAUCCGAUUUUGGCAAGGAAAUUGCCAAUCCACAGGCCGUUCUGGAGACCGAGCUCCGGCAUUACAGCUCUCUGACGCAAGGCUCGACAAUUGCAUUCGACUAUAACAAGAAGCGCUAUUGGUUCGAUGUAGUUGAGCUACGAUCCGCCCCUCGUGGAGAAAAAUCAUCAAUGGUCAAGGUGCAGGAUUGCGAUAUUGCCACGGAUUUUCUGAUUGCUCGUGACGAAAUUCAAAAUCGACGAAGACGAAAACAGGAACGUGAACAGGAUAGGGAGUGAUUUUUGGACAUAUCGAUGCAGGUGUAAUUGAGCUCCGUCCAAUGCUCUUUUAGCAAAUAGAUAUUCUAACCAAGUCCAUUCAUACCAUUAAGCUAAAUUUUACGAUUGAUAAUGAGGUCACCUGAC